AUGUUGUUCCAGGUAGGAGGACAAGGGACUCGUCCCACGUUCUUCGAGAUGGCUGCUGCUCAUCAGCUCCCUUCCAGCCUUAGAGCCGCUCUCACCUACUCCCUCGGGGUGUUAGCUUUAAGAAGACCUUUCCUCCAUAGGGUCUUAGAUUAUGAAGACGAGUUCUUUUCUUUGCUUAUGCUGGUUCUUGAAACUCACAGCUUAAGAACCACAGAUGGAUAA